UAAAAAUAUCUUUGCUUCAUCUUCUUCAUUCCUACGUGUUUCCUUCUUAACCCCACCGCCCCUUUCUUCUUCUCUCUCAUCGCCACGUCGCCAAUUCUCCUUUUCCCACAAUCACUCCCUCCUUAUAUUCCAAACCCACCAAUCUUCCUCCUCCUCCUCCGAAUCCAUUCUUUCACAGAUGAAACAUCAACAAAACCUCGAUUUACGCCUUUCAAUCGGCGGACCUUUCACUAGUUUACCGGAAAAGCUAAAUGGGUCUGAUCAAGAAAGCGGAGUUACGGAUGUCAACAACAGAGUCGACAUCCGCCGAAGACACGGGAAGAGGAAGCGAGAAGAAGAUCCGAACAACAAUCCGCCAUUCAAGAAUCGGAAAGGUAAUUCGACGAACAAUGUCGACCUUAAUAAACCAGAUCCUCCUCUCCCGAUUUCAUAUCCUUAUUCCUCCUUCCAAUACCUUCCGUUUUUCAAUGCCUAUGGCUAUGCGUACCCCUGUCUUGUUCCGUACUGGCCCCCCGGUGAGUCUCCCGUGCGUUGCCGGAGUGUUUCUGAUGAUGGGGUUUCCAAUAAGAAAUCUGGGUCCUCUGGAUCUUCCCCAGUUUGCAGUUCCUCUGUUGUUUCUGAUAAUCAUCACCAUAGUUCUUCAUCUCUUGAAGGUGGUUGUAGCAAUUCAAGUAAUUCAUCAAUAUCUAUGAAGCACGUUAAACCAAAGCCUUGUAAUAAGAAAUUUGUUGAAGAUCAAUCUUCUCAAGUGAAGAAAUCUUUCUCAUCCUCAAUGGAGAAUGGAAAACCUCCAAAGCCUCAAAUCCAAACCCAGAAUAAUAUGGCAAGUUUUGAGCAAAUGCCUUGUGUUUCAACAACAGGGAUUGGUCCUAAUGGUACCAAAAUCAUAACUACCGGCUUCUUGUAUCGAUACUCAAACUUGGAGGUUAGUAUUUUGUGUGUCUGCCAUGGACAAUCCUUUUCGCCAGCCGAGUUCGUUAAGCACGGUGGCGGCGGAGAAGUUUCUCACCCUUUGAAACACAUUACCGUUCUUCCACCUACUGGAAUUUUCCCUUCUUCAAUCAGAUGAAACUUCAUAGAUUUUGAUCUAGAUCUUUGUAGCUUAACAUUGUUUGUAGAGAUCUGUGGCAAUGUGGCUGACGAUUUUGAUCCGCUAAUAUUUUGCAUUUGUAAUCAGUGGUUAUUAGAGGUGUGUAAUUUUUUUAAUCCGUGUACUUUAACUAAUAUUUAAAGACAGCCACAUUACGACUGCAUUCUCUGAUGAUUUAAUACGCAGAAGUGCUUGCAACAAAUAUUGCAACACCUUGGUUAUUAGCUUAUUUACAAUGGAGCUGAGGAUUUGAACACA